GCUGGACCGCUAACCAAAGUGACGAUUUGUAAGGACAAAGAAGGAAAACCUAAGUCUUUUGGAUUUGUCUGCUUUAAGCACAAAGUAUCAGUGCCUUAUGCAAUAGCUUUGCUGAAUGGAAUCCGUUUGUAUGGAAGACCAAUUAAAGUGCAGUAUCGGUUCGGGAGUUCUCACUCAUCAGAACUAAACAGCCCUACACAUGGUUUUGAGAACUAUAUUGACUUAUAUUCACCUUCAUAUAGGUAUCAAGAGCCUUAUGGAAAUCCUCCAUUUCCUGUUACUCCUUUUCCAGUGAACAAUACUUUACCUCAUGAAUACUCAGGCUUUCAAACGAUGAUGAACCAUUUUUUAGCACAGCAGUACACAGUACAGAGUCCAAUGGGUCAACAAUUUCCAUACUAUCAGAUGACUCCACCACCGCCUUCAAAUUUAUCCUUUUCUCCCUAUCAGAAUCAAGCUGCAAAUUUUAAGUCUGCACAGAGUUCUUUUGAAUUGGCCCUGCCACAUUCAAGUGACUGUGAAGUGCACCAGGUGGAUGAAAGCACCUCUAAAAGAAAGAGAGAACAGCAAAGUUGUGACAGUGACACUAGUAUUGAGGAUGAGAAAAUGAGGCAAAGAGAGCGUGACCAAAAAUUCA